AUGACGGUCAGGAAACGGAAGAACAAGAGCAGGAUGGCUGACAAUGGGAAGGGAGGCGAGUACGAUUGGGAAGGGUCAUUGCGGGAGAGGAACUUUAAUACACAAUCUCAUCGAUUCAAGUCGAGGAUCCGGCACGAUCUCGACAGUGACGGACCCAGUUCUGAAUCAAAAGAGCGUGAAACCUCGCCGGGAUCCAAUCGGGAUAAGGCAAGCAGCAAGACUGGAGAAUGCAGCAGCGACAAGAGUUGGAGAGAUUCGCGGCGUUUGAUGUUUUCCAUGGGUACGAUCUUGGGGAUCCUGAUAGCGAUCUAUUUCGGUGCUCUGCAUGUGCAUCGGAACAACUACGAUCUAUUUGAUAGUGUGGGAAACCUGGAGACGUUUAGGGACUACCUGGACGACUGGAAGGAGGUCCUGCCACAGAGCGUAAGUAGCUUUCUGACUGACAUGCAGAAUGGAUACUCUUCGAAUGCGGGUUUGAAGGAUCUGACCGAAAGUUUCGCUGUCGGGAGACAGUUGAGGAAGGAGUAUAAUCUUACUGCUAAGCAUCCGGUGGUGAUGGUGCCUGGAGUCAUCUCUACCGGUUUAGAGAGCUGGGGCGUGGUUGGCGACGACGAAUGCAACAGCGAGCCCCAUUUUCGCAAGAGAUUAUGGGGGUCAUUCUACAUGCUGAGGACGAUGGUGUUGGACAAAGUGUGCUGGCUACGACACAUAAUGCUCGACCCAGAGAGCGGGCUGGAUCCGCCCAAUUUCCGAUUGCGUGCUGCUCGAGGGUUCGAGGCUGCUGAUUUCUUCAUGGCAGGUUAUUGGAUCUGGAAUAAAGUGAUACAGAAUCUUGGCGCCAUCGAUUAUGAUCCUGAUAAGAUGCUGACGGCUGCGUACGACUGGAGAUUGGCAUACUUAGAUUUGGAGAGGCGGGACCGCUAUUUCACCAAGUUGAAGGAACAAAUCGAGCUGACCCAUGAGUUGAGCGGCGAAAAAGUGUGUCUGGUCGGCCAUUCGAUGGGUUCGCAGAUCGUGUUUUAUUUCUUGAAAUGGGUCGAAGCAGAGGGCGAGAAUUACGGCAAUGCCGGGCGAGGCUGGACCGACAAGCACAUUGACUCCUUCGUGAACGUUGCUGGCACCCUUCUGGGUGCACCCAAAGCGGUUCCAGCGUUGAUCAGUGGUGAAAUGAAGGACACCAUCCAGCUCAACACAUUGGCCAUGUACGGUUUGGAAAAGUUCUUUAGCCGUAAGGAAAGGCUCGAUAUGUUACGGACAUGGGGCGGUAUCCCCUCCAUGGUGCCCAAAGGUGGUAAUCUGAUUUGGGGUGACAGCUCUGUCUCUGUAGAAGAUGCUUUGCACAACAGCACUGCAUCACUCGGUAGCUUCAUCAGAAUGGAAGGCAUGUCCAAUCACUCGACUCUCGACCACAACCUGACCAUGCAGGAAUCGAUCGACAUGAUGCUAAAGCUCUCGCCCGAUUGGCUGCAGAAGCGUGUGGAGGACCAGUACAGUUUCGGCUACGCCAAGACUCCAGCGGAGCUGCAGGAGAACGAGCUUCACCACUCUCAUUGGGCAAACCCUCUGGAGGUCCCACUACCCCUCGCACCCAACUUGAAAAUAUACUGCAUCUAUGGCGUGGGCAAUCCCACAGAGAGGGCUUACGCUUACAAGGAGGUCAACGGUAACAGCUCAUUGAACAUGACGAUCGACUAUGAGUCGCCGCAACCGGUUUUCUUCACAGAUGGCGACGGUACUGUACCUCUCAUAACCCACGCAAUGUGUCACAAGUGGAGCGAAGGCGUUUCCCCAUACAACCCUGGCGGCUCAAACGUCACAAUCAUAGAGAUAAAGCACCAGCCGGACAGAUUCGACAUCAGAGGCGGCGCCAAGAGCGCCGAACACGUCGAUAUCCUGGGCAGUGCAGAGCUGAACGAGUACAUCCUAAAGAUUGCCAGCGGGUACGGCGACAAGAUAGCUUCAAGACAAAUAUCGAACUUAUCGUCAUGGAUCAGCGAUAUUGAUUUCCCCAUGUGA